AUGACCAUCCCCGAGCUGUUACAGGAGUCUGUCGAGCGGUUCAGCGCUUACCCAAUCCUAGCCUCGAAGAAUGGCAAGAAGUGGGACAUCCUGACAUUCAGCCAGCUCUACGAAGCGUGUCGCAAGGCAGCCAGGUCGCUGAUCAAGCUGGGCCUGCAACGCUUCCACAGUGUUGGCAUCUUGGGCAUUAACUCCCCCGAGUGGAUCAUUGCUGCCCUGGGCUCCAUCUUGGCUGGGGGCUUCUAUGUUGGUAUUUAUGUCACCAACUCGGCCGAGGCUUGCCAGUACGUCAUUAAUCACGCCAACGUGAAUGUCUUAGUGGUGGAGAACAGCCAACAGCUGCAGAAAAUCCUGUUGAUUCCACCAGACAAGAUGGAGUCUGUGAAAGCCAUUGUGCAGUACAAAUUGCCCUUGAUGGAAACCGACAGGAAACCUGUACUCUGUGAGUGCGGGGUGGGAGGGGCUGGCCUGUGGGAAGGGCAGGUUUGUGGGGCGGGGCUAUUGGAGAGGGUGGGGCAUGUGAGAGGGCGGGGCCUGUUGGCAGAGCCUGCUGAGCUGGGGAACAGCAUCCCCAACGUGCAGCUGGAUCGGAUCAUCUUAAGCCAGAAGGCCACCAGUGGUGCGGUCAUCAUCUACACCUCAGGGACCACAGGAAACCCCAAAGGGGUGAUGCUGAGCCACGACAAUAUCACGUGGACAGCAGGGGCUAUGGCACGUGUGGUGGAGGCGAGCCACGUCAUGGGCAAGCAGGAAACAAUAGUCAGUUACCUGCCCCUCAGCCACAUCUCAGCCCAGAUACUGGACAUGUGGACCGCCAUCAAAGUAGGGGGGCUUACUUUCUUCGCUCAACCAGAUGCACUCAGGGGCACCUUGAUAUUCACUCUUCAGGAGGUAAAGCCUACAAUUUUCCUGGGGGUGCCACGAGUCUGGGAAAAGAUGCAGGACACUAUCAAGGAGAAUGUGAGCAGGUCCUCCAGCCUGAGGAAGAAGGCGUUUGCGUGGGCGAAGUUACUUGGCUUGAAAGUCAACACCAAACGGAUGCUGGGGAAACAAGACAUCCCCAUGAACUACCGUAUGGCAAAGGCCCUGGUGUUCACGAAGGUCAGGACCUCCCUGGGCCUGGAGCACUGCCACACCUUCUUAAGUGGGGCUGCGCCCCUCUCCCAGGAGGUCUUGGAGUUCUUUCUCAGCCUGGACAUCCCCAUUGGUGAGAUCUACGGGAUGAGUGAAUGCUCUGGACCCCACUCGAUCUCCUCCAAGACCAACUACAGAGUUCUGAGCUGCGGCAAGGUUCUUGACGGCUGCAAGAGCAUGUUGUACCAGCAGAACAAAGAUGGCAUUGGUGAGGUGUGCAUUUGGGGCCGGCAUGUCUUCAUGGGCUACCUGGACAGGGAGGAAGACACACUGGAUGCCCUCGAUGACAACGGCUGGCUGCAUUCUGGGGACAUGGGCCGCCUGGACAGUCACGAUUUUCUCUAUAUCACUGGCCGCAUCAAAGAAAUCCUGAUCACGGCUGGUGGCGAGAAUGUGCCCCCCAUCCCCAUCGAGACCCUAGUGAAGGAGAAAAUUCCCAUCAUUAGCAACGCCAUGCUGGUGGGCGACAAGGCCAACUUCCUGGGCAUGCUGUUGACAAUCAAGUGCGAGACAGACAAGAUGAGUGGAGAGCCUCUGGACACAUUGAACAUGGAGGCUCUCAGUUUCUGCCAGUCCCUGGGUAGCCCGGCAGCCACCGUGUCAGACAUUGUGAAGCUUCGAGAUCCGCUGGUCUACACCGCCAUCCAGUGCGGCAUAGACCUCGUGAAUCAUGAGGCGGCCUCCGAUGCCCAGAGAAUUCGGAAGUGGACCAUCUUGGAGAAGACUUUUCCAUCCAGGGCUGAGAGCUGGGGCCGACAUCAAAACUUAAGAGACGUGUCAUAG